UUGUUUUGUCGGUUUUCAGCAACUCAUGCUCCAUUUAAGUCAAAGAAACUGCCAGAAGUUAGAAGGCCAGAAGUGCAGCUUGAUUCGUCUCGCAAUAUCCUCCGACUGGGUGCUCCGGAACGACAUGUUGCCUCAAAUCAAUCUCGUCGUGAAUAUCGGUUGAAUGAAAAUGAAUCGUAUUUUUCACUUUCAAAGACUGGUCAGCUUCAUACAGCUAAAGCUGUUAAAUUUUAUUCGCCAUCCAUCACAUCUGGUAGUUUUCAAGUGCAAGGUUCUAAUGCUUGGAAUCGGAAUCAAAUAGUAGCAGAUUCAAAUAGGGGAAGUAAAAUCAAAAAGAAUAGUGAGAAACGAGUCUUACCAUUGAUGAAUAUAUCUGAAUUUAUGCCAUACGAAAGCGCAGAAACAAUAAAGGAAGAAAUCAGGAACACUUCUGUACUCGAUUGUUUAACUCGAAAUCUUUUUCAAGUCUUAAACCGCAUGAAACUAUCAGAAAACGCGACAGUCUUUACGACUUCAUAUGCUGUUCCUCUCUUAACAAUCACCGAUACCCCAUUAUUACAUCAUAAAGCGAUGAAUUCAGUGGUAGAAUUUGAAGUUCCUCUUGAAAAAAGAAAUAAUCGAGCGUAUGCGCUCAGUACUGAAUCAUCUAUUGCGCAACGGCAGUCAACUACUAUGGAGGAUGUACUUGAAACGACAUCAAAAAUAAAUGCAGAAAGCUCGACUCCACCAAGAAUAAUGUCCAAUCUGACUCUUACAACAAGCCAAAUGCCUUUUAGCUCUUCGGACAAAGAUACUUCAUCAUUCGCUUUUCUAGCCAAUAUAAACAUGAGAAAUAAAUCAGCUGACAUUACCACAAACUUCAAAAAUGUAACAGAAAGUAGCAGUGAACCCAAUAUGAGUAGUACUGACUUUCAAAAGCAACCAGGCUUUUCAUUGAGUGAAAUUUCAGAAAAUUCGGGAAGUAUUCCUAACAUGCUACCACAAGUCGGUUCUCUGCAAAAUAGGAAAGGUUUACUCCAAAAAAUGGGUCUUAUACCCUCUUCUAACAAAAUACUCAUUCAGCCAAGUAUUCAAUCAUUCUCACCAUUUCAUUCUUAUAAAACCAAUGAAACUAUUACUUCUGUUAAUGUGUCAUCAUCAGAUAAGCAGAUAUUCUCUAUAAAAGUGGCUUCCAAAAAUACUACAUAUUUUGUGCCAAUAAUAAUUGAUGUAGCUCACGGACGUACUUUUGUAGUAGAUGCUUCAACUCCUAAAAACAUCAUUCUACCAGGAUCUUCCUCUUUUUCAUCAAAGGAAAUGGAAGCGAAGUUGGAAAGUUUGGAUGAUCUUCAGCAAUUAAUAUCCAACUUGCAAAAAAGGAUAGGUCCCAAAUAUUACGAAUCAUAUAGUGAAUAUCUCAAAGUUCACCAUACCUUACCUACCUCAGAUGCCAAAAACAACAGCGUUGAUCUUAAUACUGAUCAACAUCAUGCUCAAAAUGAAACCUAUUUGAAACAGCUUUCGAAUCAAACACUCUCGAGUGAUAAACAUGUCAAUACUACGGACAUAAGAUCAGAAUCUAGUCAAACUAAGACGAGCAGCCAAACUACUAUUCAACCGUCUCGCACAAAUAUUUCUCAUGGCAAAAGGAUUUUUGAAACGAAUCAGCAAACCAACUGGCAUUCAUUUUUCAAAGGAAAGCAAGCACAAUCGCUAGAAACUCUGUCAUCACCACUUCCAUCAAUGAAAUUCAUCAGAUUCCUUAUAAGCAACAAAAAUGCAUCAGAAGUUACUGCGAGCAACACUAAUUUGUCACCAGAAAUUGCUGCAGUUAUGCGAAGUUCUAACAAUAAAACGUCGAAAAAUGGACAAUAUAAAAAGUCACUGUCAACACAAGUUUCCAAUGAAAGUUAUGCAGUAGUUAAUUAUCCUCAGUCUAAUCAUUUCAGUCACAAAGGUCAUUCGAACUCCCUGCAAGUCAUCCGUGAAAAGAAAAAAAAACUAACAUCGUCACUAUAUGGAGCAACAACAACAGCAGGCUCCUUCAAGAGACAUAACAUAUCAUGGACUAAGUUCAGACAUCCUAGCUACUUUGCUAUCCUACAAAUACCAAAAUCGAAGACACUUUCACAAGCAUUUGCUGUUAACUUUAAUUUAGGUGCAAACACACCUUCGACAAAAUUACCAGCCAUCAAAGCACUGAACUAUUCUUCAAUUACCUUACCUACGUUAAUCAUCUCUUCGUUAUCAGAAGCUUCAUCAACUACACCAUUGAUUAGUGUUUCAUCAUCAAAGGUGCAACGGAAAGAAACUGAUUCUGAUCAUUCCAGCAAGGAUUUCAGAGUGAGAUUACUUCACGGGAAUAGAAAAUCAUUAGGAGCAAAACCAAGGAAUACAGUGGUAUAUUACUCGAAUAAAGUGGAUAUAACCAAUCCAGAAGUUCCACUUACUAAUAAUAUAAAUGGCCAUAAUGAUUAUCACGACAGUAAAAUUGACGAUUCUAGAAUAAAUAUUCUACAAAAAACGAUUCCCAUCUCCAGUGAAAGUAGCGAAAUUACCAAUACCGAGACAUCCUCCAGUUUCAGUUUUCAUGAAAAUGAAGAUAACACUGAUGGCAUUGCUAUACCUUUUUUUUCGGUUGAUCAAAAUCGCGAUUUACAUCGAAGUGAAGGUCCUAUCAAUAGAGUAAGAGCUCAAAACUUGGGUAAUUAUCAGUCGAGCUUAUUUUCAGAAGAAAGUUGGAAUCGCGAUGUUAAUCACACAUCCUAUCAUCCAUCUAUUUCACGUGUCAACGAUUCCAUGCCUAGAAAUGUAAUUGACAGACUUGAAUACCAUAAUGCAAUGAAAGAAAAAAUUAACAAAGCAGUAAAUACAGAUUUCACAUCAAUAAUUCAUAUGCCUUCUGUUCCCAUCACGCAAAAACCACUUGUAAACAGUGCGCACCUUUAUAGUGGCUAUGGAGGACCACUACAAGUUAAUGAAGCAAAGAUUGAUUCAAGAGUGGUGCCACUUAUUUAUGGACAAAAUACAGUGAACCAAGCACCAUAUGUGGCACAAAGUGCUCAGCAACCAAAUUUGGAAGAGAGUAACAUUGCUUUAGAAGAACCAUCUCAGGUUGAUCAAACAAGGAUUGACUCAAGAGUAGUGCCAUUUAUUAAUGAACACAGUACAGUGAACGAAGCACCAUAUGUGGCGCAAAGUUCUCAGCAAUCAAAUUUGGAAAGGAGUAACGUUGUUUUGGGAGGACUACUACAAGUUAAUCAAAGAAGGAUUGACUCCAGAGUAUUGCCAUUUAUUUAUGGACAAAAAACAGUGAAUCAAGCACCAAUUAUGAUACAAACUUCUCAGCAACCAUAUAUGGCACAAACUGCUGAACGAGCAUAUAUAGCACAAACUGAGCAACCAUGUAUGGCACAAAAUUCUGAGCAACCAUGUAUGGCACGAACUUCUCAACAACCAAUUCAUUUCCGAUUGCCAAAAACGGAGGCACAAAUUGUGCAGCCAGUUAAUGGUGCCCCAGCAUCUGGAUGUGGUAAUUACGGUGUUGGUAACGAUAAUAUACCUUGUUCAGAUUGCUCAGCAACUUCUUGUUUCAUAUCCCCUUGUAAAUAUUAUUUUGAUUUUGAAUAUAUUAAAUUUUAUCAUGAUGCUGCAAUUUUCGAUGGAAAAAAUUUUUGUUUUGAAUUUACCAGUUUGUCAUUAUAUCGAAUUAUCUAA